AUGUCGAGACGUAGCCCAUCCGAGGAGUUCGAGACAGAGCGUGCUAACUUCUGGGCUCUCCUCGAAGGGAUUAUUCAUGAUCUCAGAAACAACUACCCAGCGGAUCGUGAUCUCAUCAUCGGACGGAUCGGCCAUCUUUCUGUACGCCUCGCCAGCUAUCGCCAAGCUGGGGAGUUGAUGGGAGUGAGCCAUCCGCCUAGCCAGAUCGUCUGCCACGCACCUCCCGGUUUCUUCACUAAUCGCGCUCAACAGCAUCAAAAUUACUUUGGCACAGAAUUUGGAUAUGCCUGUUGGUUCACCCAGUCUCAUUUGGGCUAUGCCACAGAGGAUCUCCUCAACUACAGAAGUCCCACUCGCGUUGCCGAUCUACUUGAGGAUGUGUCCAUGACUUGGCUCUUGACUGAGAUGAGAGCCUUUCCUCAAAGCCCUCACAUUAGGGUUCCUCCACAGUCCUUACCAGCACUGCCAUCGUCACCUUCCAAUUCACCAGAUACAGAUACACCCGACUUUCCAAGAAAGGCCACCGAGACAAGAAGUCCUACGGGACCACUCGGCUCCGAUGCACGUGUCCACUUUGUUCUUCCCACUGUAACCAACACUCUUUGGGGACAAGCAAGAGGGAAACGCCAUCGCCCGGCUUCUCCAUACCCUGGAAGAGAUCAUCGCGGCAAAAAGGUCAAGAGAAGACCAUUGCCGCCGACUUUAGAAGAUGACGUCCUACUUCCACCUAUUUUGGAUAGUAGCCAUAAAUUUCCAUUGCCAACUCCCACCUUACCCGGUACUCAAUCACUCUUUACCCCACUCACUCUCCCCAGUGGACAUAUCCUCCCCAGUGCACCGAGCACUUCGGCGCCACCUCCAGUUGGACUGAACAUACAACACUGUUUCGAACCACCGGCACCAUCAACCUGCAUUUCAAUCUUGAAUUCAAACAUUGGAGAGACUUUACAUGGAGCUCGACCCUGGCAACUGAUGAAACCACCCUCAUCCCCUAAAUCUGACUGCCGCCGCUCGGGAUCAACAGUGAAAGAAGAACUAGUCGAAUGA